GCUCAUUCAUGGCUCUCUGUGCGUCUCUUAAACUUACGUCGUCCUCUCCCCUCUCUCCCCCAAAUCAAGGCCAUGGCAAGCUCAGAGACGCCGUCUACGUGGCAUCCGUACCUCUAAGAGCCGCCAGGGGUCCACCUCAGCUGCUCAUGUCCGCUGCCUAUUCAUUGGGCCUCUGGGAUCUCCAACACUUCAUGGUCAUCAUCAAACCAGCUCAAUCUCAAUCCAAGGCAGUUGUUUUUGAUUUCCAACCUCAAGAUCCAGAGAAUAUUUACCUAGUGCUAGCGGCUCUUUCUGGGAGGAGAAUGCCAGGUGUUAUCAUGAAGAGGUUAUUGAGUAGGCUUCCUAGAAAAAGGUGCUGGUUCAUCGGAUUCUCGCAAGCUGACGGAGUUGAAAUGGCUCGUAAAUUCACUGAAGAUUGGUCAACUGAUCUCAUAGUUGGGAAACAUGAUUGUCGCCAUUAUACCACUGGGUUAGUUCAAAGCUUAACUGGGGAGCAAAACGUGCUGGAUUCAUUAAGAGGGAUUUUGAGAAAAGAAUUCAUUCUCUAAAGAAGUCAGAAGUGACAUCUGUAAUUGCGGGGUACGUGUAUAUAGGAAAUGAUCAUUAAGUCAGAUUACACAUUCCUCGAUCAGUUAACGUUAUAGCAAGGCACGGUAUGUGUACCUCCGAUUCUAUCCAGACAUCAUCAUGGUGGGAGCCUCUGCACUGGAUCCCCUCUUCAUGUUCGACAGAGACCAGAGUUGUGAUGUCACAACUGUUCAAUUAUUUGAUAGGGGAGAGACAACUUCUCAGGUCACAACCGUUCAGUGAGACGUUAUGACUUGCUCUAGAGAUAUCCACACUCAUUCCCUUUUUUUUUAUUUAGAACUCAUCAUAAAUAUUAACUAAAGGAUACACUACUCUGAUUCAAAGAGUGGAUUCUCCACUAUCUAUCUGCAAUGUAGGGUAUCCAAGUCCAUCGGCAAAGAGCUAAUUGGAGAAGACUUUGAAGUCACAAAGUCAAAUAGGUUUUUGAUGUAUGAUUACAGCAAGAAAGCAUACAUAGUUAGGGGCUGUUUGGUUGUUGUUUGUAAAGUUGCGUAUUUAUGACACAACUUGGAAAGUUGAU